CCAUCCUUCACUCACCUCCCAAUGGAGCCCGACGAGCAGCCGCCUACUCCCAGCCGACCAUGGCAGGCUGGAUCGGCUUUCGUAAUGGGCGCCGUGGGCUUGUUGUGCCGCGGAUUCCUGUUCGGACUGAGUAAAACGGAGGUGCAUGGCUUGGAUCGGUUCUUGGAGCUUUUGGACGAGAGGGAAAAGGUCGAGGGUAGGGAAAGAGGGUUGAUUACUGUAUCUAAUCACGUCUCGGUGUACCCUUGAUGACCCCCUCGUGUGGGGAAUUCUUCCCGUUAGCUACCUGUUCAAUCCGGAUAACAUGCGCUGGGGACUGGGAAGCUACGACCUGUGUUUUACCAACAAAGCGUUGUCGACCUUCUUCACCUUCGGCCAAGUCCUCCCCACGCAUCGCAGCGCAUACUCCCCAUUCGGCGGCCUGUUCCAGCCCACCAUUACCCAGGCCAUCCGUCUCCUCUCCCGCGGCCCCUUCCUGCGCGCGAAUGACACCCCCGAGAAGCCGCACAGGUCGUUCAAGAGCCCCGAUUUAGCCGAUCCGUUUACCAACGGGCACCUCACCUUCUCUACAAACGGCAGCGACGUGUUUCCCGCGCCCUCAGCCUACCUCAGCCGCCGCCACGGAUGGGUACACAUCUUUCCCGAAGGCAUGAUACACCAGAAGGAGGACAGGACGAUGCGCUACUUCAAAUGGGGAGUUUCGCGCCUGAUACUGGAAAGCGAUCCGAUGCCCGACGUCGUCCCCAUCUGGAUCGAGGGCCCGGAGGAGAUUAUGCAUGAGACGCGCGCAUUCCCGCGUUUCAUACCCCGCCCGUUCAAGAAUGUCAGCAUAACAUUUGGCGACAGGCUCGACGGCGAGAAAGUGUUUGGCGACUUGCGCGAAAGGUGGAAACGGAUGCGCGCGAAGGAAGAAGAAGCAAGCGGGAAGAUGGAGGUCGGCGUGCUCAACGACGCGCUUAGGCAUUCCGACGAGGCUGUGAAGCUCCGCAGGGAGUGCACAAUGCGCGUACGCGCGGCAGUUCUGGACGUCAGACGCAGGCUGGGCCACCCGGACGAGGAUCCAAAAUCGGGGCUCGUGGAGACGUAUAGGAAGGAAGGUGGCAAGAGGGAGGGCCAGAAAGACGACGGGAGUUGGACAAAAGAGACUUGAAGCAGCGCCAGCGCUUCAGGCUGUAUGAUAGGCAGGGGAGAGGAAUACCCAAGAUAGAGGGGCGACGCUGCCAUUCGUCGGCGGCCUAGCCUGCUCGCUGACGAGCAUCAACGAGGGGCGAAGCAGCCGGGCGGCGUCGGCCGCGGUGGAGACAGUGAAAGAAAAAGUUGAAAGAAAGAAGAGGCGGUUGUCAGAUUAGAUCAAGUAAUGCACCCUCAGCGACGGCUGCCCGUGACGCUGCGCCGAUCGCAAUGAAGGAACCACGGGCAGCCGCAGGCAGCGGGCUUCGUCAUUGCGACAGGCCACCGUGUCCCGGGCAGGCGGCGACGGGCGCUGUUCAAGCGGCGCGUCGCGAGUGUCUCUGGCUUGCUCUUGUCAUCACCCAACCUGCGGGCCUUUCACUGGCCGGUGCGCGCAUGGGCAGGUCCGGGGCGCAGUGAAGG